GAGGGCUUGCAUGUCUGUUAACAGUUGACAUACUGUGAGUGGUGGUACAAGGGCCCGGCUUUCGUCCAGAUUAGUCAUCUAUCUGGUGCUAAAGACCACGCAGCUCCACCGGCUGAAAUUCGGAUUGCGUCAGAAUGUAAGUCAUUCGGGUAGUUUUCACAGCCCUGGUUCGAGGUUGUAUCGAUGCCCAACCAUACGGUAUCCGCUACGUGCAGGUCUAGCGAGACGUAUUCUUAUGGUCAUGCACAGAGCUAACAGUCAAAGUAGACUACCUCGAGACACGCCAUGAUUAUGUCAGAUAGUGGAAGUCCGCAGGAUGAACGCGCGUCGGUUGGCUCAUCCUCCUUGAGCUAUGGCGAAGUGUUACCAUCAAGGCUCAUUAACCGGCCAUUCACUGCGUCGCCUGAAGCACUCGCUUCCAACAUCGCGCCAUCGCAGAGCUCCGAGGGCCGGGAACGCACUCCGAGCAGGUCGUCGGUGCUCUCCAGCGCUUCAUCGCAGAGUGGGCGGCAGUCGCUAGACGCGGUGCGGGACCAGGUCGCAGAGAGCAUCGCUGUGCGCACCAUCACACGCAGCGAGACUGUCGACGGCAACAAAAUCGAUGUCGUCAUCACCGUCUCCGCCUCCUCCGACGCGUCCUUCCUCCGGCGGAUCGCAGACAAGAUCAGGAACCGGCUGCUACUCAAGUCGUACCUCUUCGCGCUCAGCAUGUCGUACCCGCCGGGCGCGGCCGUGCCGCUGCUGCUCUGCACGUCGUCGCCCGAGCUGCUCACGCGCGCGUCGCUGCUCGUGAACAGCAAGUUCACGGCGCGCAUCGUGCCCGGCGCACGCGCGUCGCCGGACGGCCAGCGCUGGCUCGUGCAGGUGCAGGACCUCGGCGGCAGUCUGCUCGACGAGGAGGCGCUCUGGGACGUCGUGCGCAAGGCGGCGCGGGCGCCGGCGGACCCGCUCGCGCCGCCGCCGGGCUCGGUCGGCAUCGAGCAGCGGCUCGCGCUCGAGCGCGCGCGCCUCGAGCGCAUCACGCCGCGCGCGGCGUACGAGGAGCUCACGGAGCCGUCGAGCCCGUGGCCCGUCGUGCUCGUCGACAUCCGGCCCGAGGCGCAGCGCCGCGCGGAGGGCGCCGUCGGCGGCGCGAUGGUCGUCGAGCGGAACGUCCUCGAGUGGCGCUUCGACCCGCGCUGCUCGUCGAGGCUGCCCAUCGCGGACCGGUACGACCUCCGGGUCAUCGUGUUUUGCUCCGAGGGCUACACGAGCUCGCUUGCGGCGGCGAGCCUGCGGGACUUGGGGCUGCUGUUCGCGACGGACAUGAUCGGCGGGUAUCAGGCAUGGAAGGCGGCAGGUCUGCCGGGAGAAGUGGAAAUUCUAGCAACCGGGCUGCCCGCCGAAGAAUAUUCGUUCAACUAAGAAGACCUCGUUUAGUGGGCCGCAGACAGCUUCUGAUAGAUUAGUGAAGUUGCAUUGAAUUUAUUCGGUCACAGAGGAGAAGAUGAGGGGAAGAUGAACUGAGGUCGGCCGAGGGCAGCUCCAAGAAAUAAACACCGGGCGUCUUGUUUAAGCGCCUUUGUAUGGUUAUAUUAUUGGUCCGGAGUUUUCCGAUAAUCUCGGGAGGAAUCUAAAUAAGGAAAUAGCCUUG